AUGGCGUUGAAACUUUACCUGCUCGCUAUGUUCUUGGCCGCAUAUUUGUUGACGCUUGCAUCAGCGACCAUGACACCUGGCCGAUGUCCUAACUGUAGUCUAGUCACGCAACCGAAGACCGCCUCAGUCGUAUGUGCGGAAUCCGGUCGUUGUGAACAUGGAGUCUCUAAAGACUGUCCGGGUUCGCGCAAUCAUCACUUCCAUGCAUGUUCCUGCCUUUGGACGUCGGAAGGCUUUACGGGUCCAUGCGAAUACAAUCACGACGACUUGCCUUGUCCUUGGCAAGGCGAUCUCUACCAUCCACCGAGUGACGCCGAAUCUGAUGGAACCCCGCCGGCCAGUCCUGCCGCCUCUGAAGCCGACAGAGCAUACAGUUUUGCCUACUCCCGAGCUCCAUCCGAUUCCGAUUCUGAAUAA